GGUCACAUUUCAGAGAGGACUUUGCAUCAUCUCUCUCCUGCUGUAGACGCUGUGGAGACAAUAUAGGCUGUAGAAGCAGCGUUAACGGGAAUAAACAUGGUUCUGAUGAGCUCGCUGUUAUGGCUUCUCUCUGUCCUGCUGUUCUCAGGAUAUUCGGUACUGGCUGAUGGAAAGCGAGGUGCCAAAGAUGCGGCGGAGAAAAGCGCCAAUUUCAUGGAAGACGAGCAGUGGCUGGCCACCAUUUCCCAGUACGGUCGCAAGAUCAAGCACUGGAACCGCUUCCGAGAUGAUGAUUACAUCAGAUCAUGGGAUGAAAAGCAAACCUCGAAUGAAAAUGUGGACACCACUAAAGACCCCUGCCAGAAGGUGAAGUGCAGCCCGCACAAGGUGUGUGUAUCCCAGGGCUACCAGCGUGCAAUUUGUAUUAACCACAAGAAACUGGAGUACAGGCUAAAGCAUUCAGUGUCAGGUCAGCAAGGAAACAUCUGCAAGCCCUGCCCGUUGUCUUCUUCUGGACCUGUGUGUGGUUCUGAUGGACAUAUCUAUGCUUCUCAGUGUAAGCUGCAGCAUCAGGCCUGUCUCACAGGAAAGGAAUUGAGUGUGAAAUGCACUGGUCCCUGCCCUUGUUCCACCACUACUGUGCAGAGUACAGCGACAGACACUAAACAUGAGAGUUGCACAGGCCAGGACCUGGCGGAUUUGGGAGAUCGUCUGCGGGACUGGUUCCAGCUGCUCCAGGGCAACGCCAAGCAGAACAGCACGAGCAAGCCUGCAGCCAGCUCAGCAUCAAUUCUGGACCGCACUCUGGUGGCAACCUGUAAGGACUCCAUUGGAUGGAUGUUCUCCAAGUUGGACACUAAUAAUGACCUGUAUCUGGACCAGGCAGAGCUGGCUGCCAUUAACUUGGACAAGUAUGAAGUGUGUAUCCGGCCCUUUUUCAAUUCCUGUGAUUCAUACCGUGAUGGUAAAGUUUCUACAGCUGAGUGGUGUCUCUGCUUCUGGAGAGAGAAGCCUCCCUGCCUGGCAGAACUAGAGAGGAUCCAAAUACAGGAAGGAGCCAAGAAGAAGCCGGGUACAUAUAUCCCCAGCUGUGAUGAGGACGGUUAUUACCGAAAGCUGCAGUGUGACCAGAGCAGGGGCGAGUGCUGGUGCGUAGACCAACACGGAGGAGAGUUAAUGGGUUCCAGGAUCCAUGGCAACACUAACUGUGAUGAUGUGGUUGGCUACUCGGGCGAUUACGGCAGUGGGGUCGGAUGGGAGGACGAGGAAGAGAAAGAAGCGGAGGACACUGGAGAAGAGGCUGAAGAGGAGGAGGAAGAGAUAGGGGAGGUGGAUGAUGGAGGCUACAUCUGGUAGAAUGCAACAAAAUGGUUGCCUGGUCAGAAUUAGCUUUAUUUGACCACUGUUUUGAGAGGCAGCUCCAUCUCUUGCUGAAACAAAAUGGUGGAAACCGGAGGGUUGGACAUCACUGUACUGCACUCCAAACAGCAUUGAGCAUUGACCUGGGGGGAGGGAUGACUGGGUAGUUAUCACUGUAGUAAAAUUUUGUGUGUGUGUGUGUGUGUAAGGGGGAGGGUUGGAAGAGUUAAAAUAAUGAAAGUAUAAAUACUUGUGACAUUAUUUUGUUGUAUGUGCAAGAUUGUGCUUUUCUGAUGACGUGUCUAGCAUCAGCGAUCUCAAACUGAAACGUAGGCGCUUGAUAAUUGGACAUUUUCUCUUAAGGUAAACUGAAGCUUUGUCAUGUAUAACAUGCUUCAUCUCAUACAAUGCAUUAUUCUUAUGCAAGAAGCUGAAUAAAUACAUAUUUACCACAUUUACCACUAGAGCUUUGGACAUGUUACCUUUUAGUCUGAUGUUUAGAAUGACCUUCAGAUUUGAGAUAAGGUAAUAUUCAGGUGGAAUACGUUACAUAUGACUGACUGAAUCCAUCUCUGCAUUAUCAGUGUGUUCUUCUGAGGCCAAAAUGAACUGGAGAUUUAACAUUUCAGAUAAUUAGUCUGAUAAUUACUUGGCCUUUGGUGUGCACAUCAGUUACAUGUUUAAUUAUCUCUGUAUAGAUUCACCGGGCAGAGCAGAGUAGAAAUAGAUUAAACCUUGGGGUCAGUGAUUUUCAGAAUUUUUUCUUUUGCUGUUACAUAUAUUUGAUAUGUUACCAUCACAUUCUGGAAACAUUUGUGGCUGCUCCAGACUUUGUAUAUGAAAAAAAAUUAUGGAUAAAAGUGUGGGGCAGUUGUUAACCAAUGAGCGAGGAGGUGUAUAAACUUGCCUGCAAUCAUGAACACAUGCAUGUUUGGAGUGAGGCUUUGCUUGGAGUUUGUUUUAAAAGUGCUUUAUAUCAGAUAAAAAAAAAAAAGCUUUAGAAAUGAUUUCCUUUAAAAUAAAAAGUCAAUAUUCUGAUGUU